AUGAACCUAGAACUACGAAGUCCUUUCGAUUUAGACUAUCCCUCAAAAUACGAAUCAUCCAUUAGAGAUGGGCCAGUUCGCUGUAUUAGUUUUAAUAAACGAGGCACGAUGUUAGCAGGCGGCUGUAGCGAUGGCUACUGUAUCGUUUGGGAUUUUCAAUCAAUGAGCGUGAUUCGAAAAAUGAAGUGUCAUGUCUCCUCGAUAACCAGCGUAAGUUGGUCACGUAACGGUCUCUGCAUACUUUCGUGUGGUGAAGAUAAUAAAUGUGUCUAUUGGGACCUAAAGAAAGGCACCCAAAAAUGGAUACGAUUCGACAAUAACGUAAUUAUGGCACAAAUGCAUCCGAAAAAUAAUUCUAUAUUUGUCGCCUCAUUAUCUCAAGAAUCACCGGUUAUUGUGGAAAUAGGCGAUACAAUAAAGCGAUAUCCUCUGCCGACAAAUGCAGAUACAUCGUCUGACACGAAUAUUAACGGCGAAGAAUCGACCAAUUCGAUAAAUAAAACAGUUGUUUGUCGAUAUGACAAACGAGGCACGCGUAUUCUCUCGGGAACAAGUAAAGGAUAUUUGAAUGUAAUCGAUCCCGAAACUCGAAAGGACAAAACGAUUCGUCUUUAUUGGUUGGAUGAACAAGGAAUACAUAAUUCAGAGCUGCAAUUCGCGGAAACAGUCAAUAAGAAUAGUUGGAAUCAAUGCUGUUUUAGCCAAGGAGGAGAAUAUGUAAUUGGAGCGACGCAUCAAAUAUUCAUAUGGGACAUAAGAACCACUAGACUUGUUCAAACGCUGCAGGGACCAUAUGAAAACCUAGUAGACCUUGCCCAACACCCAGUACAACCAAUUAUUGUGUCAGUGGACGAACAAGGGACAAUGCAUACAUGGACAACGCGGCACAAAGAAGAUUGGGUUAACUGGGACCCUGCCUUUACAGAAAUUCAUGACAAUAUAGUAUAUGAGGAAAGAGAAGAUGAAUUUGAUAUUGUGAACGAAGAAGUCCAGUCCGUACAAUAUAAUAAAAGUCAAAAGUUUGAAGACGAAGAUGAAGAAAUUGACGUUGUGACAAUUGAUAGGACAACACGAUCAGACUCGUCUGAUUAUGAAGACGAAUUCAUUAAUCUAUAUGAUUCCGAGGUUGAUUAUAACAGCCCCACAGAAGUUUCUGAAACCAAAUUCGCUGCAUACUAA